GGUGUAGUUGGGUGAUAAUGUGGAUCACUACUAUGUGGAUAGGACUGAGAUUGAAUUGUGUUGAAAAUUGUUGUGCUUGCCCUUAUAGACUGGAUUUAAUGCUGCAAUGUGGAUUCGAUUUGAUUAAUAUCAUUUGUGAUUAGCUUGUUGGUUGCAGAUUCUGAAUCAUGUAGCUAUUAAAAUUGCUCUUGAAAUGAAGAAGCUGCUCAUUGGCAAUAGCCUUCUAGAUGUGUAUGAAUUAUUCGGCAACUAUUUCAGUGGCUCAAUUCCAGAGUGGAUAGGCCAAAAGAAAAACCUGCGGUUUCUUGAUUUCUCUCAAAACUUGUUCUAUGAUACCAUUCCCAUCCGAGGUUCUCUCUUUCUUUAUCAUCUUUCCCUUCAUUGAAAUUUCCAAUCUCAAUCAAAUUUCUUCACAAAAAGGUUGAAAGACAAGCUAGAGGAGUUUUUCAACUGUCAAUACAAGCACUUUGUUGAAUUCACCGCUUUAAUCAGCUGGAGGAGAGGUGCAAACAUUGGGUGGCACAGUGAUGAUAACAGACCCUAUCUCAAACAGCGACACUUUACAGUCAGGAUUUCAUUUUCCACUACUCUCAUUUAUUGAAUUUUAUUUAAUACUGUUGCUGAUAACUUUUGUUCAUCAAAGGUAGUGUGCUAUUUAAAUAAUUAUGGCAAGGAUUUCAAUGGUGGACUCUUCUGUUUUCAGGAUGGCCAGCCAAUAUCAAUUAUGCCAAUGGCUGAAGUAAUAAAUGUUUAGAAAUGACUUUAGAUAAACGUUUAGAUAAAUAUUUAGAAAUGUUUAGAAAUGUUUAGAAAAUGUUUCGCUUUUUAAGAAUGGUGGUGUUUGGUUCACAGCUGAAGAUUCAGAUUCCUCCCUUACUACCAGAAGGUGAGAGGGUGUUCAAAGGGUGUGUAUCUGCCAGCGAGUUAGAACUGAUGGAACUCUUUGAGGACUACACAUGCAUGAUUUGCCAUUGUCCUAACCCAAGGAACACUCACAUAUUUGGUAACUGCAUCAUUCAGAGUACCCCUUCUGUCUCACCCAAGCUAGAUGCUUCUACUCGAUAUCCUUCUCACUCCUUUCUCACUGUCUGCUUUCUCUGCAACAAGAAUUUUGGGCAUGGUAAAAACAUUUACAUGUACAGGGGUGAGAGAUCAUUUUGCAACAAUGAAUGUCGUUACCAGGGGAUGUUGUUAGAGGAAGAGAUCAACAAAUUAAAAGCUGAAGAGGUACAAAAGAGUAAAUCUUGAGGGGCAAGCGGUGAAGCUGAAUAGAGCCAAACUUGAGGCAUGCUUAACAUGUCCAUUGUGCAAUAAAUUGUUCAACAAUGCCACCACCAUUUUUGAAUGCUUACACACUUGUCAGUGCACCUCCUCCUCCUUCUUGCUUUUUUAUCUUUCUUUCCCCUUUUUCUUUUUAUUUUUAGUUUCGAUCGGAUUUAAUUCUCUUUUAUUUGGCCCUGUUAUUUUGGUAAAUUCAAUACAAUUUUUAUUUAUCAUGGUCGUUCUUUGAUACAUUAUUUGUUACUGUCAUUUUUAGUACUUUUCUAAUCAAUUCUAUGAAAAAUGUUUGUAUCUAUCACCUCA